AUGGUUAGACAGAAAGGAAAGUUGAUAAAACCAUAUAAUUCAAUUCUUGGAGAACAAUUUUCAUAUCAUUGGGAGAAUUAUAAAGUUACAUGUUUAACAGAACAAAUAUCACAUCAUCCAUCAGUUUCAACUUUUUGUUAUCAUAGUGAAGAUAAAGGAAUAACUGCUUGUGGAGUAGAUCAACUUUUGGCAAGAUUUACCGGAACUUCUGUAAAAAUUGGACCAGGUGAACAAAAUAAAGGAAUUUACAUUAAUCUGAGUGAAAGAAGAAAUGAAGAAUAUUUAUUAACUCAUCCUGUAGCCAGUGUGCAAGGUUGGUUAAAAGCUUCACCAUAUGUAGUUGUUGCUGGAAGCUACAUUAUAACUUGUCAAAAGACAAAAUUGAAAGCAAUAUUAGAAUAUAAAGAAGAGAUAUGGAAAGGAUAUUCUCAAUUCCAAAAAAAAGUCGAACCAAUUUCAAAACAAAGACCACUUGAAUCAUGUAAUGUUUGGAAACCUGUCACAACA